CGCAAGGUCAAGAGCAUAUGGGCUCUUUUGAAAACAGUCGACCGCCGGGCAGAAUCGCGAUGUGACAUAGCCUCAUGAAAUCAUAAAAAAAAUAAAAAGAGGCCGGAUAAAUUAAUUAAAUUCUAAAUUGAAUUUCGAAUUCUCGCAAAGCCGUACGAAUUGGCGAUUGUCUAUGUCUCGUGCGCACGUGCGGGCCGUGUUCCAAAUUUAAAAGCUCCAAUACGGCUGCUUCCCGCGUAAACAUUGUUUGUGCCGGUGUUAAUAUUAUAGUGAAAUCAUAGUUUAAUUUGUUUUUCUUAUUCAUAAACAAUAUAACUGUGAAUUAAAUAUUAUAUUUAAAAAAUAAAUCAAGUUGGUGGCCGACAGGGAUAAUAUUUCCGGGGGCGCAGGUCGUGCACGCGCGGCGUCGGCGGCGUGGGGAGACCGGCGCGCGCGCAACAUGUUCGCUACCAUCAAGGGUUUCUGGAAGGUGUGGCGUUAUGGCGAUCUCUACAUGGUGUUGGCGGCUCUCGCCGCGCAGUCCAUCAACAUAUCGGUGGGAUUCUGUCAGGGCUUCUCAGCGGUUCUGCUGCCCCAGUAUACGCAUGAACAUCCAAACAUCACAUACGAACAAAGUUCGUGGAUAGCGAGUUUGGGUGUAAUAUCUAACCCAGUGGGCGCACUGCUGGGAGGUAUGAUGGUGGACGCAGUCGGCAGACGUCUGCUGCUGCAGAGUAUCGUGCUGCCUAAUCUCAUUGGAUGGCUGGUCAUCGCCUUUUCAGAGACCUACGUGUUCCUAUGUGUGGGCAGAUUCAUCACCGGGUUUACAAUCGGUAUGUCAACAGUCUCAUACAUAUAUGUCGCAGAAAUCACGACACCAGAGAAAAGAGGGGUCCUGAGCGCACUAGGUCCAGGCCUGGUGUCUACUGGCAUAUUUGUGGUCUACUCAUUAGGUGCUUUCGUGCACUGGAGGAAGGUCGCUGCUAUCUGCGCUGGAGUAUCACUACUUACCCCAUUCCUGAUGUACUUCGUCCCAGAAUCGCCACUAUGGCUAGCUUCUAAAGGGCACAUGAAGGAAGCGUAUAUCUCAAUGUUCUGGCUUCGCCAAAACAACAGUGCAGCCCAGCAGGAACUAAUGGAGUUCACGAAAGACCGAAAGUCUGGAGAGACAAUGUCGUUCAAAGAGAAAUUGUGUCUGUUCAAACGGAGGAGUGUACUAAAACCUUUUAUAGUGCUGAUAGUGUUCUUUAUAUUCCAAGAGAUGUCAGGUAUUUAUGUCAUCCUGUACUAUGCGGUUGAUUUCUUCAAAUCUGUGGGUACUAGCGUAAAUGAAUUCACCGCUUCUAUCAUUGUUGGAGGAGUAAGAGUCUUCAUGGGUGCUGUAGGAGCGUGCCUGAUCAACAGCUUUAGAAGAAAAACUUUAGCUGCAACAUCGGGACUUUUAUUAGGCAUGGCGAUGCUCGGAGCAGCCAUUUGUGACACAUUUAAUGGGCCACCACUAGUAAAACUAGCUUGUGUUCUUCUACACGUGUCUUUCAGCAUGGUAGGUUUUCUACAAUUACCGUGGAUUAUGUCUGGGGAGUUAUAUCCUCAGGACAUUAGAGGAGUCAUGUCUGGAGCCACAUCAUGUUGCGCUUACGUCCUGAUCUUCUUUAACAUAAAGACUUAUCCUCAGUUGGAAAAAUUACUGACUAGCAACGGUACUCUAUAUUUAUUCGGAGUCUGUGCUUUAAUAGGAGCAGCAUAUUGUUUAUGGUUCCUACCAGAGACUAAGGGCAAGUCGUUGACUGAAAUAAUGAGGCAGUUUGAUGAAGAUAGGAACGAUUCAGACCCUGAGGCUUGUUUCUCAAAAGACAAACAGUACAGUAUUGAAGAUAGACAGGUACAGCGAAGGCACAGCGCAGGAGCUGCGGUCUCUUUAGAGAAAAACAAAGAUUUAUUCACACCGUACUGGAUAGAGGAAAAAGACGAAAAGACUAAACAAAAAGAAUAAAUUAGAAAACUCGAUGUACAAGGAUUAGUUCUAAAGAGAACGUAAGUCAGGGGUAAUAUUAUUGAAAGUAAAGUAUUUCAAAAAGCAAAGUAGAAAACUACGGGGUGAGCUAACUUGGAAAGGUGUAAAUCUAUUUUAAGACUAGCAAAUCCCGCAUCGUUGCGUGGAAUAUAGACUACGUUACUGGUUGAUAAUAUAGCUUUAUAUGCAUAGGUGAAAGAAUUUUAUAAUUCUGUCAAGUUUUUGAGUUCAUCUAUUGUGAACAAAAGAUCAAAUCUUUCCUCAUUAGCAGUAGUAUAGUCUACUUUGUUUCUUGUUGAUAUAACUUCAGUUUCAACAAUUUUAUCUUUGACUUUCGUCUCAGUGUAUUUAUUACUAACCCUGUAUUUAAUAAAUAUUUAAUUAGCACUUGUUAAGUUCAAAGUAUUACUUUUGAAUGAUAGUUACCAAUAUGUGAUUGAUGUUGCAAUGUGAUCGAAUAUUUCUAUAAUUUUUGUGAUUGAAUUAGAUUUAAGUGUGUUACAUUCCAUAGUUUUUAGUUGUUAUAAUGUAUACAAAGUGACGAUUUUUAUUAAGAUAUUGUAUAUAAUAUAUUAUUGGCUAUUUUUAAGUACAAACAUAAAACAGACUGGCUUUAGCAGAGUGGAAAGCAAAUUGUGGCUGGUAAAAUCUCUCCGUAGCAAAUAUAAG